AUGGACUACGAAAACUUGAAGGAGCAGUGGAGCGAGGUUGAGGAUCGCGAUGGCGUCCGCCUCAGUUGGAACGUCUUUCCCAGCACGCGCAUGGAAGCGUCUCGUCUCGUCGUCCCGAUCGGUGCCCUCUACACCCCUUUGAAGGAAAAGCCAGACACUCCUCUGCUGCAGUUCGAGCCCGUCACAUGCAAGCAGCCAUGCCGUUCCGUCCUGAACCCAUUCUGCCAGGUCGACGUUCGUGCUCGCCUCUGGAUCUGCCCGUUCUGUCUCUCUCGAAACCCCCUGCCGCCUCAUUACAAGGAUAUUACGGCCAACGCGAUCCCGCCAGAGCUGCACCCCUCCAACACCACAAUCGAGUACCGCCUAUCCCGCCCGGCCCCGAGUCCGCCCAUCUUCCUCUACGUGGUCGAUACCUGCCAGGAGGAUGACAGUCUCAACGCCCUGAAGGAGUCUCUUGUCAUGAGCUUGAGCCUCCUUCCCGAGAAUGCCCUUGUUGGCCUCAUCACCUAUGGCACAAUGACUCAAGUCCACGAGAUUGGAUACACUGAGUGUGCCAAGUCGUAUGUCUUCCGUGGUAGCAAGGACUAUGCGCCGAAGCAGGUCCAGGAGAUGCUUGGCCUCGGUCAGAUGCCCGUCCGCCCGGGCAUGCAGCCCCAGCCGGGACGCCCGAUGCCCAUGGGACCCGCCUCCAGGUUCCUGAUGCCGGUUUCCCAGUGCGAGUUUCAGCUUACCAAGGCCUUGGAGCAGCUCCAGAAAGACCCAUGGCCGGUUGCCAACGACAGGCGACCGCUGCGUUGCACUGGUGUAGCCUUGAGCGUCGCUGUUGGUCUUCUCGAGUCUUCCUUCCAGAACUCUGGUGGCCGCAUCAUGCUGUUUGCUGCCGGUCCGGCCACAGAGGGUCCCGGCAUGGUUGUCAGCUCCGAGCUCAGGGAACCCAUGCGGUCGCACCACGACAUCGAUCGCGACAACAUCAAGUACUACAAGAAGGCUCUCAAGUUCUACGACACGCUGGCCAAGCGGACCGCCCACAACGGUCACAUAAUAGAUAUCUUUGCCGGCUGUCUUGACCAGGUCGGUCUUUUGGAGAUGAAAGGUCUUAGCAACUCUACAGGUGGUCACAUGAUUUUGGUCGACAGCUUUACGUCGUCCAUGUUCAAGCAGUCAUUCGUGAGGGUAUUUGAAAAGGACGGAGACGAUAACCUGCUCAUGGGUUUCAACGGUAUCUUGGAGGUCCUGACCACCAAGGAGCUCAAGGUUACGGGUCUGAUUGGUCACGCAGUCUCGAUGAACAAGAAGUCGACCUCUGUUGGCGAGACCGAAUGCGGUAUUGGCAACACUUGCUCGUGGAAGAUGUGCGGUAUCGACCCAACCUCAAGCUACGGCAUCUACUUCGAGGUUGCACAGGGUGGCCCGUCACACGCCCAACCAGCCCAGAAAGGGAUGAUGCAAUUCCUCACGUAUUACCAACACUCGUCUGGACAGUUCCACCUGAGGGUCACAACCAUUGCCCGGAAUAUAGGUGGCCCGGCCGGAGACCCGGCGAUCGCACAGUCUUUUGAUCAGGAGGCCGCUGCAGUGCUCAUGUCGAGGAUCGCAGUCUUCAAGGCGGAGGUGGACGACGGACCAGAUGUUCUGCGCUGGGUCGACAGGAUGCUUAUCAGUCUCUGCUCGAGGUUUGCAGACUACAGGAAAGACGACCCGUCAUCAUUCAGGCUGGAGAAGAACUUUACUCUUUACCCGCAGUUCAUGUUCCACCUUAGGAGAAGUCAGUUCCUGCAGGUCUUCAACAACUCACCCGACGAAACUGCCUUCUAUCGACAUGUUCUCAACCACGAGGACGUCAGCAAUUCCCUCAUUAUGAUUCAGCCCACGCUGGAUACGUACACCUUUGACCAGGAAGGUGGACAGCCUGUGCUGCUCGACUCAGCCUCGAUCCAGCCCACUCAUAUUCUGCUGCUUGACACCUUCUUCCACAUUCUCAUUUUCCACGGUGAGACCAUCGCGCAGUGGAAGAAGGCCGGAUACCAGGACCAGGAGGGAUAUGAGAACUUUGCCCAGCUGUUGCAACAGCCAAAGGAGGAUGCCAUGGAGCUCAUCACGGACCGAUUCCCGCUGCCUCGUUUCAUCGUGUGUGACGCGGGUGGAUCGCAGGCACGUUUCCUGCUCUCAAAGCUCAAUCCCUCGACAACACACACCACCGGCGCAUACGGUGGCGUGGGUGCACAAACGGCACAGACCAUCUUCACCGAUGACGUUUCGCUGCAGACUUUCAUGGACCAUCUCAUGAAGUUGGCUGUUAGCGGCACCAACUAG